AUGUUUUUUAUUCAACUCGAGCUUAAUCGUUUCAUGUGAAUCUCGUCUGUUUAAUUUGUUGUUAAAUGUUUCGGAUAUGUAUGCCAAUGGCUAUAAAUAUUGGCUUGCAUAUAAAAAGGGAACCUCGGGGAAACCCACUUCUCUAUUAUUUUUAGCUGUAAAUAACUGUUCAAAAAUCGCAAUGAUUAUAAUAUAUACACAUCGAAAUCGCAGUACUAAAUAUCCCGAAUGAUGCUAUAUAUAAUCCUAGCUAUUUCCGGUGCUCCCGUUAUAAAAGUAACUGCCCGGGUCGCUGCAUGGUCGACGAAGAUGGAGUGAUACGUCAUACCACAGAGCACAAUCAUCCACCGGAAGCGGAUAAAAUUAUAGUGGACCGCUUCCGGAAAGUACUCACCCAACGGGCCACAACAGAAAACACCGACCUGCAUAUGAUAUACCUCGAGGAGGCGACCAAUCGUCAUGCUGAUGCGUCAUUACUUUACACAUUUUCCCAGGCUGAAUCGUGCAUGAGGAAGGCACGCCGGAAACAGCAUCCACAGGAGCCGGCCACCAUUCAGGAAUUGAGAGAUGUCUUGGAGAACUCUGAACUGUUCAAAAUACACUGUGGAAACAAUCGGGAUGUAUUCUACCAGAACACAAUUUGUUCGGAGGAAGCGACUUGCAUUAUGCUGUGGCACAAUCGCACAUUGGAAACCUUGGGUAAAAUAGACGAACUGUAUGUUGAUUGUAGCUUGGAACUAGCGGGCAGCAAUACAACCUUAAAAUAUCACUUACUGGUGGGGUUGACCAUCCACAAACAAAGAUGCAUUCCCGUGUUCUUCUCGAUAUUGUAUUCAAAAACGUACGCUGCCUUCGUUGCCAUUUUUUCAUAUACACGAGAGCAGCUAGGAGCGAUCAUAACUCCGACGAUCAUUUUGAGUGAACCAAAUGAAUGCAUUCACAGAGCCCUCGAAAUUAUUAUGCCAGAGACCACGAUUAAGGUAUAUUGGCAUCAUUACACCGACGCUGUUUUGAAGCAAAUGCGAGAGCUCGGUUUAAGUCGAGAGACUACUAGAGGGCAUGCUUGCAGUGGUCUUAGAAUGUUGCUAGUUUUGCCAUUACUACCAGCAAAUUAUAUAACGCCUGGAUUGGAUGCCCUGAAGAAGUGGAUGAAGGAGAAGAAUAUAUAUUCUCAAAGCUUUUGUCAACUCUGUGAUUAUGUGGAGCAAUCGUGGCUAAGCGCUGUUGGUGCUAAAAAAUUAUCUAUGUUCGGAAACCCACAAAGUGUUUCUAAUCUAGCAAAACAAUUUUUAAAAGAUCUAACAAAUCAGGAUGGAUUGCAAAACGGAACAAUUUGGAAAGUGGUGGAAAGCCUAGCCCAAAUUGCCACGAAGCAGUUUGUAAAACUGUUGCAGACGCAAAGACAAUGCGUGGAUAAUUCGCCUGCCAAGCCAUUGAAGAAAAUGCACCUUGUCCAGGAGACAGUCAUAAAUAAUGCAAUACAACUGUGGAUAAAAACCUCAGUACACCUCAGAAACCCGCUACAGUUUUUACAGCUAUGCAGUCAUUGCAUCAAUGACGCUAUGAUCAUGGAAUCACUACAGGUUCCAGCAAAUUAUGGAGCGACUGCUAAAUCAAGAGUGCCUUCAAAUGUUAGUUCGACAAAAAUUGCAAGCGUGGACAAUAACAUAUGCUCGUCUCCAAUUACUACAAGUUCGUCGAAGAAACGUCAAUUGGAAAUAUCAGCACCGAUGAACGGUCCUCCUCCGUUAGCGUUUUUCCCUAAAAUGGCAUCCAAACCUAUCGAUACAAAUCAUGCUCGUGCACUAAGUUGCAGUCAACUGGAACCUCCUCCACUGGUGCCGAUCUCUGCUCACUCACAUUCACUUCUUCCAGUGAAUGAUGAUGGCCAACAGGAUCCAUCAGACAACAGUCGCGCGCAAAACAAAGUGCUUUCGUGAUAUAAUUCGUUUUCUGACGAUAAUGAUGGAAUGCUGUACAAAUCUUGCGCGA